GGCCCUUUUAGGUUCUUUUUUUGCACCUCGAAGCCGCCUACCUCACCUUAAAGUACGGAUCCGUACACUAAGGUUCUUGCACUGUCCAAGGGCGCCUCGGCGCAAUAUCGGUCUGCUCCUCCGAGCCUAGCAUUCCGCAUUGGUCGAACAGGAGAGGUGUUUGUUGACCCGAUUCUCGCGCCGUCGAUGAAUUGAAAUUUGGUGGCUCCAGAACGUAAUCCUUAUGAGGCUUCCCAGACUUGCCAAAAUGGCCGCCAACAAGGUUCUCGAGGGCGUCUUUGCCAUCAAUAAGCCCUUUGGCAUGAGCUCCGCGCAGGUGAUCCGCGACUGCCAGGAGUACUUCAACCCGUCCGCCCUCUUCGCGCCGCUGAUCGAGCAGGAGCGGGCCCUGCGGGAGAGGGAGUCGCGGUACCAGAAGCACCGGCGGAGCAAGGCGAAGCAGGCCAUCCGGGUCAAGAUGGGCCACGGCGGCACCCUCGACCCCCUGGCCACGGGCGUGCUGAUCCUCGGCGUCGGCAAGGGCACCAAGUCGCUGCAGGACUUCCUCGCCUGCACCAAGACGUACGAGACGGUCGUCCUCUUCGGCGCGAGCACCGACACGUACGACCGCACCGGCCGCAUCAUCAAGAAGGGCCGCUACGACGACCUGACGCGCGAGGCCGUCGAGAAGGCCCUCGAGGGCUUCCGCGGCAAGAUCCGCCAGAUGCCGCCGCUCUACUCGGCGCUCAAGAUGGAAGGGAAGCCGCUGUACGAGUACGCGCGCGAGGGCAAGCCGAUCCCGCGCGAGAUCGAGACGCGCGAGGUCGAGGUCGCCGAGCUCGACCUCGUCGAGUGGUACGAGCCGGGGACGCACAACCACCGCUGGCCGACCGAGGAGGCCGAGCAGGUCGAGAAGAACCUGGUCGACUCGGUCUGGCGCGUCGCCAAGCAGCAGCAGCAGGCCGCGACGGCCGACGAGCUUGCCAAGCUCACGCCGGAGCAGCGCGAGGAGGAGGCCCGGGCGCUGGCCGAGUACAACACCAAGAAGCGCGAGGCCGAGGAGCGCGUCGACAGCCUGGUCACCGACGAGCAGCAGCAGCCGCCCGGGCAGGGGGGCGAGCAGGGGGAGCAACCGCCGACCAAGAAGCGCAAGAAGACCAACGAGGGCCGCGCCGAGCCCAUGAUGUCGGGCGCGCUGGGCAGCCUGCCGCCCAAGGGGAAGGGGUCGGACCUGGUCCCGCCGCCGCCCGCGCCCGACACGCCCCCCCCCUGGGGGGAGGACAAGGGGCCGGCCGCAGCCAAGAUCCGCAUGACGGUUACGUCGGGGUUCUACGUGCGCAGCCUGUGCCACGACCUGGGGGAGAAGCUGGGCUGUGGCGCCAUGAUGGCGGAGCUUAGUCGGACACGGCAGGGGCAGUUCGUCCUCGGCAGCGACAACUGCAUGGAGUAUGACGAGCUGCUCAAGGGGGAGGACGUAUGGGGCCCCAAGGUGCGCCGCAUGCUGGAACUGUGGAAUAACCCAAAUGCGAAGGCGGAAGAAACAACCAAGAGCGAAGGCGGGAGCGCACCGAGAAAGGCCGAAGAGAGCAAACGGGCAGAUGAGGACAAGGAGCAAGCCGCGGCCGCUGCUGCAUAGUUCAGUUCCCCCAUCUCUCCUGGCCCCGUUCUCGGAGAGGACGCCGUGAGAGCGAGGGCCGAGGAUUCGGUCUAGAGCUGUCGCAUUAAUCGCAUUGAUGGACACCUCGAAGCAACGCUUAAAACAAAAAACUUGGGAAAAUAGACAGCGCUGGCGCAUUGGGAGUCGAAUAUACCGCCGUCGCCUACCGAUAGACAAAAACAAGUACAACCCGUGUCCGUGGCCAUGCAACCUUUUAAUUCGCCCUCUUGUCCCAUCCCGUAUGUUCGUCCCGAAAAUGUCCGUACCCUUAGUAUGCAGCAACCUGACGUAAGUCGUACCCAACCACUCGAGCUCUUUUUCUUAUC